CCUGCGUGGACGGUGCGCGCUCUUAGCGUCCCAGGACCCGACACGGAGCUCAGCUUGUUUGUGUCCUUUGAUGACGCGCGGUUCUUAUUCGGUGCCGGAGAGGCCAUGCAGCGCUCCCUGGUGCAGAAGCGUCUGUCACUGCGAAAGCUUCAAGCCGUCUUUUUACCUAGUGGACGGAGUGGUCGCGGUGGAUUGGCAGGCGGGCUCAUGACACUCUCCGACGCCGGCAUCAAGCGGCUCGCCAUCAUUGGCCCUCCUGAUACAGCGCAGCACCUCGCUACUCUGCGCGCAUCGGUGGUGCGCGACUCGCAGACGGUCGACCUCAAGCCGGUAUCGCGUGAGCUCUCCUCGGAAGUCGUAUUCUCCUCUCCCCGCAUCACAGUCCACGCGGUAACCCUUCGGCCACCGCAGGCAGUUGAACAAGGCAGCGCGAAUCCUCAACGGCCAUCCGAGCUUUCUGAGGCCGAGCUGAGCCGGUGGACAACGGCGAUCGUCAAUGAUAUGUUCAGAGGUCCCGGUUCCGAUCAAACCAUCAAGGACGAAGCUCGGUUCAGUUUCAACGGCCUGUAUCGCCCAACCUCUGCCGACGACCGGUAUCCCCUCCCUUUGGCCAGCGAUGCCGAUGUUGCUACGGACGUGUGUUACAUCGUUCGCACACCGGAUGUACGCGGCAAGUUUGAUGUCGCCAAGGCUAAGGCGCUUGGCGUGCCCAAUGGGCCCAUCAGGGGGAAGCUUACACGCGGCGAGAGUAUCGAGUUCGAGGAUCCGUCCGUUCCCGGGGUUAAACGCAUCGUUCACCCUGAACAGUGUAUCGGAGGAGGAGGGCCGGGUAGCACGCUCGUUGUCAUCAACUGCUCAGUUGAGAAUCUAGAGCGUCUGCUCCUCUCGACUGCGUUUGGCGAGUUCCGCGCGGUAGAGGGCAAGCCGAGCGUGCCCGUUCACAGUGUCGUACACGCGGUACCGCGCGCGGUGUGGAUGGAUGAGCGAUACCAGGCCUGGGUCGCGAGUUUUGGACCGUCGACGCAACACUUGUACGCGGACCCCGAGGGCACGCGUGAGAUCUACUUCCGCAACAGUGCUUGGAACGCGCUUCAGCUCAACAUGCUGGAUUCCAGCAUCUUCCCAAUCCCCGAUUUUGCACCUGGGUCUCCCCCACCUCACAUGCCCGCCAAUGCACAACGUCUCGUUCCGAACCAUGUCGUUCCCAUGUACCCGCCCAAGCCCGUAUUUCUGACGGAGGACCAUAUGAAGGACACGCUGUUCCCAGCCGAUAAGACAGAAUUGGCUGAAGCACGUGCUGCCUUGCGUCGGAACCACCCUGAGUACGCCGCUGCUGUGGACGCCGCGCAAGCCGCCAUGGCAGCAGACGCGGACCGGCGGGCAUGCUUGUCUCCGCGACCCGGCGACGACAUUGUCGUCACUACUCUCGGCACAGGCAGCGCCAUCCCGUCAAUUUUUCGCAAUGUCUCCUGCACGCAUGUCGACAUCCCGGGCACUGGCGGCGUCAUUUUUGACACGGGCGAGGGAUCGCUCGGUCAAUUGCGGCGGCGUUUCGGCGAUGGUCUUAAGCAGGUCUACGAGGAUCUGCGUUUGAUCUUCAUCAGUCAUAUGCACGCGGACCACCACCUCGGUCUCGCCCAGAUCCUGAAGGACCGCUUUGAUAACGGAGUCCAUUCCAAGCUCUAUCUUGUCGCACCAUACCCGAUUGCACUACAGCUCGAGGAGACGGCAUGGUGGCAACAGGGUGUGCCUCGUGAGGCACUCGAAAAUGUCGUUUACCUCUCAACCAACCGUCUCAAAUCCGGGUGGGUGCCAGACGAGCGCGAGUUUUCCUUGUCGGCACGGCCGGAUUGGUCUUCGGUCCCGCGUCACCCGGAGCAGCUGGUCACGGAGGAAGGAAUGGUUGCGGAUGUGGCCGCGGGCAAGCGCAAGUGGCCGUUCGAGAAUGUUUUCCGCUUCCACCCGGCGACAAAUGCACGCGCGGCGGAGCAUACCCGCGCACUUCUCCGGGACUUGCGGCUCUCAGAGAUCUGGACACCGAACGUUACCCACCGGGGUGCAGCGUGGGGUAUGGUUCUGUCUGGUGUGGACGGGUGGAAAGUCGUUUACUCGGGCGAUACGAAGCCCUCCGAGGCGCUGGUCGACGCGGGUCGAGGAGCCACGGUCUUGAUCCAUGAGGCCACGCUGGGUGAUGAUGAGGCUGAGGAUGCCGAGGCGAAGGGCCACAGUACCUUCGGGCAGGCAAUCGAGGCUGGACGACGGAUGGGCGCGCGUUACGUUAUUCUGAACCACUUCUCGCAGCGUUACCCCAAGAUCCCGAAACUGCCUGCUCCCGAACCUGUUGAGGAGGGAGGCGAGGUGCAUGCCCCCGCGGGCCCGACCGUGGCGAUCUCCUUCGACUUUAUGUCCUUGCGGGUGGCGGAUACGUGGAAGAUGAGCCACUUCACGGAACCGCUCAACAUGCUCUAUGCUGAGGCCGAGGAG